CAGCCCUAUAAUAACGUGGUUAUAAGCAGCACUACACACACACACACACACCUCUGCAGCUAGGACAGCAUCAGCAGGAAACAUGCUACUCGUAAUCCUUUUCGUUGGUGCGGUUCUUUUUACAGAGGAGUCAGUAGCUCAGACCACAUCGGACACAAAUGGAACAGCUACCACUGAUGUUUAUACUGGAAACGGAUCAUUCACAAGCGCUACCACAUUGUCUAGUACAACUGGGAGCACAUCAACCGAUACCACAACUGGAAGUGGAUCAAUCACAAACACUACCACAUUGCCUAGUACAACUGAGAACACAUCAACUGAUACUACAACUGGAAGCGGAUCAAUCACAAGCGCUACCACAUUGCCUAGUACAACUGGGAGCACAUCAACCGCUACCACAACUUCAAGCGGACCAAUUACAAGCGCUACCACAUUGUCUAGUACAACUGGGAGCACAUCAACUGAUACUACAACUGGAAGCGGAUCAAUCACAAGCGCUACCACAUUGUCUAGUACAACUGGGAGCACAUCAACCACUACCACAACUGGAAGCGGAUCAACCACAAGCGCUACCACAUUGUCUAGUACAACUGGGAGCACAUCAACUGAUACUACAACUGGAAGCGGAUCAACCACAAGCGCUACCACAUUGUCUAGUACAACUGGGAGCACAUCAACUGAUACUACAACUGGAAGCGGAUCAACCACAAGCGCUACCACAUUGUCUAGUACAACUGGGAGCACAUCAACCGCUACCACAACUCAGACCACAUCGAACACAAAUGGAACAGCUAACACUGGUGUUUAUAUGUAUCCUGUCCGUCUCGGGCUGCGAGCUUUCAUAAGAACUUCUGUGCCACUGGAUAAAGAUAAAGCCAAUGCCAUUUUGCAGCAGUAUUUAGGAUACAUAGCAUACUACAACGUAAGUGGCAAAGUAACAAGCAUUAAGCAGUUAUGAAGUACUGUAUGAAGAAGGUUUGGGAUUUUUCAAGGACUUCAACAUUUUUUUUUUUUUUUUGCAAAUCAUUGCCUUUGCAGUUCUUUUGAAAUUAUAAUUUAAAGUUAUAGUGAAACCUUGUGUAAGGAUAUAAUCAAAGCAACUAUGUAAAUUGAAUGAAUGAAUAAAUUAAUGAAUAAAUGACUACAUUGUU